GUUGCCCUAUGAGAGCAUGGGACCGUAGCUUCUUCGGUGCAUAUGUUUUGUGUCUGCAACCAGUAAUACAUGGGGUAAUAAUAUUUGUACACGUAAGACCUAGGGACUUUGGCUCUGGAUUUUGCUAUUUGGUUAUAUUUCAUUAUUAUUCAUUUUAAAGCGUAAAAAAUAGGAAUUCUACCUGGAUCUACAAUUGUACAGUGCAGUGUCCAAACAAAAACUGUAGUGUUUUAGCGAGAAUAUGGCAAAAACGUACGAUUAUCUAUUCAAAUUGUUACUCAUCGGUGAUUCAGGCGUAGGAAAAACGUGUGUGUUAUUUCGUUUUUCGGAAGAUGCAUUCAAUACGACUUUCAUAUCGACGAUAGGCAUUGAUUUUAAAAUAAGAACAAUAGAUUUGGAUGGAAAGAAAAUCAAGCUACAAAUAUGGGACACAGCAGGUCAAGAAAGAUUCAGGACAAUUACAACUGCUUAUUACAGAGGGGCAAUGGGGAUUAUGCUAGUUUAUGACAUAACCAAUGAGAAAAGCUUUGAAAAUAUCAAAAACUGGAUUAGGAAUAUUGAAGAAAAUGCAUCAGCAGAUGUUGAAAAAAUGUUAUUAGGUAAUAAAUGUGAGCUGGAGGAUAAAAGGCAAGUAUCAAAAGAAAGAGGUGAACAACUUGCCAUAGAAUAUGGAAUAAAAUUCAUCGAAACAAGUGCCAAAAAUAGCAUCAGGGUGGAAGAUGCAUUUUUCACAUUAGCUAGGGAUAUUAAAGCAAAAAUGGAAAAGAAAUUGGAGGCAAGCAAUCCACCGAAAGGCGGUCACCAGCUGCGUCCUUCAGAGCCGCAGAAAAAAACAACCAGCUGGUUGUCACGAUGCACCAUACUCUGACCGCCAUCUUGGUACUAACGAUGGGACUAACAUCACCGUCUUAUGCCCCCAAAAACUCAUAUUUGACUUUUUGUAUCAGACGCCUAAUUAUUAUGUGUAUGACAACAGAUUUUUCAUGUAUAUUUUUGUUUGAUAUUCUUUACAUAUCUACAGCGCAGGAAUCUAUACAUUCUCAUUGAUUUUCAUUGAUUAAUCUUGGGGGUACUACGAAUAGAGUAAGAUCCAAUUUUACAGAGUUCCCAUGUCCUAGCGGUAAUAACGUUAGUAUUUUUUAAAUAAAAUGUAUUAUUUACUAAUCAUAAAUUUGUUAUUACGGCAAUCGCAUCUGAGAACAGGGUCGGUUAAUGUACUACUUAAAGAGAAAACGACCCAUUAUAAUUUGUUUCUAUACAUCUGAAUUAUUCGAACCUGUAUUGCUAUCCUGCUCUAUAUGUACGUGGUAUCUCUAUUUUAGUGACGUCUGUGGGAGAAAUUCGUUAGAGCAAUUUUCUCAUUGAGGGAAAACCCAAACACUAUUGGGUCUAUUCUUGAAAACAAAGGAGCAGAAUAACCAGUAGAAACUAUUCGGUUAUCUUUAUGACAGCUUUUGACGUCUGUUUUGGUGCUUAUCAAAUAAAUUUGCGAAUACAUCCGUUUCCAAAAAAUAAUCGCAAAGUUAACUUUGUGUUUAGAGAUGAAGCUGAUAUAAAUAAUAAAGUACCCUGAAAGGUAAUAAAACCAUGUCCAAUUUGUAUCAGUUAUUCUACUCCUUCAGUUUUAAGAAUCGUCCCCUCAUAUCGCCUACAAGUUCAGAGUUAUGUUAACAACUUAGUAAGGAUUAUUUUGGAUUUCAUCAUAACUCCUCAUAAGAGGUACACUCAAGAUGUUGCGAUUUAUGUUUAAAGGAUAUAUUAUUGUUAAAUUGGAUCUACGAUUGAUGAUACAGAAAGUUCAUACUUCCAAAUGAAUUAACUUCUAUAUAAGUGUGAAAGAACAAUAAAAAAGAAAUAUCGCAAGGUUUUCAGAACAAUGAAAUAAAAAAAUUUAAGUUUUCAAUAUAGAAGAAGAGCAAUUUCAUAGGAAUGUGAAAGAUCAGUCACUUGAAAGGAAAUAGCUUGCUUAAAUGCUUUCCAAAUAAAUUAACUUCUGUGUAAGUGAGAAAGAGAAAUAUCAAAGAAAUGUCUAUUGCAAGUGUUUCACACCAAAGACAUGAACAAAUUUAUUUUUACAUAAGGAGAGCAAUUGUAUACGAUUUAGAAAAAAAAUUAGUGCUGUAAUGUAUUUAUACAUUGCUUUCCAAAAAGGUCUCUCUUCUUAUUCAUUUGAACGGAUUAAACUAACCAGCUGAAAUUCGAGAUGAAAUUGAAUUGAAUACUAAAAAUGGCAGUUGAAAAUUUCAACCUCCAUAUGCAACCUUUAUUAUUAUUCAUUCAUAAAUUUACUAUCUUUCGAGAAAUGGCGAAUUAGCAGACUGUCAAGUCAUUGAAUCGCUGAUAACUCAGCAACAAAUCAUCCAAACGCUGUAUGUGAUAUCAAUCUUCUUCAUUUAGAAAGAUAUAUCAGAAUAAUAAUGUAACAAAAUAUGUAACAUUUCAUUUAAAAAAAGUUCAGAAUCAACCAACUUUUUCAAAACUGAAUGUACAAUAUUUUAUUUUACAUUCAAAUCAAUCGUUCCAAAUGAAGAUUGAUAUACAAGGUCUGUCGCAAAGUAAACAGGACAAAGAAAAAAGUUAACAAACACUUUUUGUUCCGAAAAAUCGAAUUUAUUUUAUUAAGAAUAGUCUCCUUCAGAGUUAAGAGAGCGAUUUGCACGGCCAAAAGGUUUUCGAAUGAUGAUUUUAGCUCAUUGGCCGGGUUGUCCUUCAAAAUGGUCGUCAACGCCUUUUGGAUGGCCUUUACGUUGGCAUAUCGCCCUUCAUUGCGAAAUCUGGUUUACCGAACAGAAAAUAGUCACACGGUGCCAUAUCGGGAGAAUAUGGGGAGUGGUUGAUGGUCAUAAUGCCAUUUUUUGUCGAAAAAUCGGACACAAACGUCGAUCGAAGAUGGUGCAUUAUCGUGCAACACUUAACUUAAUAUUGGCUCUUUGUUCGAUGCUCAUUUUUCGAGCGAUGCUAAAAAGGUACUAUCACUUUGAGCGCGAUAACUCCGCGUGAAGCGGUUCGAUUGACAUGAAAUUUUGAUAGGGCCUCAAUGAAAGAUGUACCUAUCCAACGCUAGUCUCCGAUAAUAGAUCGCGCUACUUAUAUGGGAUAUCUUUCAAAAGUCCUGUUUACUUUUCGCCACUAUUUGAUUGAGUUAUAAGUAAUUCAGUGUACAAGAAAGCUCACCUUUGACAGCCUGCCAAUCCGUUGUUUUGAAAUAUAGUAAAUUCAUAACUACUGGUAAGCAGCUUCAAAAUGAAAUAUCAGAUGUUCCAAUAUGUCCAGCAUUGGUUUCGUCACUCGGAAUUUCAACUUGCUAACCUGACUUCUUCAAAAACUAAGUAGGGAGGCCACCUUUUUAAAAAAAGUCUAUGUUUUUUCAUGAAAGGAAUAUCAGCAUUAAGUAGAAAGCAGGACAAACAAUGUUGGAGGUUCCUUGUCUUGACAAAUAAUACUAAUUUUAGGUGUUAUACUUGAUUAUUCAAUAUGACUAACUUUAUUACGAUGAAUGGAUACACUGAUAAAUUAAGCAGUUCUGUAUACUUGCAAUUUUAAAUUGUAACCCUAGACAAAUGGAUCUCAAAAUAAAAAUAUGUAUUAUUACAAUAAACAAUGUUUUGUUAGUGAAUCGGUAAAUGUUUGACAAACCAACUUAGUGUAUAACUAAGGAAUCCUGCAGACGUCAUAUUUCAAGAUUUUGUGGUAACAGCUUGACUGGCGAUUAUUAUGUUUAUGUUAGUAUUAAAAUUUGUUAAAAAGAGGCUGUUUUUAAUAAACAGACACAUUAGCCUCGUUGAUGAAUACUUAAUAUGUGAUUAAGGGUAAGUUUUUUACCGUUUUGUAUUUAUAGGUAUAUUUAUAUUUCUGCACAUUUUCGUAAAAAAAUACAUAUAUGAAUGCAAAAAGUAGAAAAAAAAAUAACUGUAAUUACGAAACAGUGUAGUAGUUUCUUAGCUGAAUAUAUUUGAAUUGAUGCUUUAUCACGGUUUCGGUUUUUAGUGUCGAUCAUUUCGAACCACCGACGAUAUAUAGAGGAUAGACACUGCCGUUCUUUCAUGAAUAUACAUUUGUUUACGAGCCCUAACACAAAAUAGUUCGGACAUUAUCUAAUUUUAUCUUAGAGUUUAUGUUUUUUAAGGUUACAAAAUAAUUUCUUUUAUAAGAUAUUGAAAUAUAUUGUUUGGCCAUCAUAUUAACAAAAUUAUCAUCAAGUAAUAAGAUUAAACUAUAAAACUAAACUAAUAUUAAUAACAAUAUUUGGCUGACACAUAAAUGUUCGGACGAACCAUUUCAAUAGCUCGUUACGUCUCCCUUUGCCUUAAUAACAGCAUUAAUGUCCCAUAUAUUUUGUAAUUUUACUCGUAAAUCAUAAAUGUUUCAUUGUGGAUUAUUUGUUAACUGUUGCUUCAUUCUGUGCCGUACAGUUUCGAUAAUAUUUAAAUCAGGACUACUGGAAGGCCAGUCAGGGACGGAAAUAUUAUCCUGCAACCAUUUUUUCGUGGUUUUGGCCGUAUCUUUGCAUUCUAGGACUGAUCUUACGUGGCCUGCCAACACCGUGUCUUGAAACUUGAGUUGAACCUGUGUCUCCAAACUUUUUUACAAUAUCUGCCGCCGUAGACUUUGCGACAUUUAUUUAUUUAACGAUAUCCACGAGACAUUUUAAACAAAUUGAUUCACAGAAUUGAUUCUUAAAUCAAAACGUCAAAUUGUAAAAAAAUUUUGUUUCCAUAAUCUGCUAUUAUUUUCUUUUUAAUAUCGUGUCCGAACAUUUAUGUUUCGACAAAAUGUUACGGCGUCCCUAUGCCAAUGGAGGUUCCUAAUCUCAAUUUUUUUGUUUUACUACUAACUGUGAAAAUUUAAUCCUUCUGACAGUCUUCUGACUGUAUACCUUGCAAACACGGCAUAUUGGCCAACCAGGGUCAUCAAAAAUUAAUUUAAAAGCUCAAAAACAAUUUGCACGUCGAUACACGCACAAAAUAAAGGCCAAUUAUGAAUGAAACUUUCUCGUAAAAUCCGUUGAAGGUCAAACUAGGUAUAGUAAGCAAUUAAUCCAACAUCCACUGGUCCACUGCUCUUACAAAUGUUCAUGAUAUUCGGUCGAAGACUAUAUAUACGAUCUGCAACAAUAAACGUUUGUUCGGCUUUUCACCAGUGAAUGAUAGCAACAACGUGAAAUGGAAAUUUUGUCAACAGAUAUGUCUAUCUCUAUUCAUCGACGGUGAUUUGAAUAGCCCAUAUUAGUAUUCAUGUUUAUGUGACAGAAUUUGAGUUAGCGCUUCCAAGUGUUAAUUUCGUUUGUUUUAUGGAGGUAUUUUGACUUGUUAAGAAUGUUAAGCUCAAAGGUUUAAUCAUUUUUUGUUGGUGUAAACCAAUAAGUGUUUCGUACUUUUUUUAUAAAUUAAUUCAUUUAUUUAUUAACUCAAUAUAGGCUUCAAAAUAGCUGACGGUAAAUUUUGAUACAUUUAGUACAUUCCAAGGCUUAUUUAUAAUCAGUAAAUUUAAAGUUUGGACAUGACGUUUAUCAACAAAAUUUUCUUUUCAUUCUGUUGAUUUUUGAGGACACUUUAGAUUUUGUACAUUUUUAUUAAAUUAGAGAGAAACAAUGAACAACUUUCAUGAUAUAUUAGUUAUAAUUUCCACAAACAAG